UAGUCCGUACAACGUGUCCACGCGCGGAAAGAAAGAGAAAGAGCGAGAGAGAGCGAGAGCUUCGUCGGCCCACAUGGACGUAUCCUACAUUUUCCGAGGCAGUCAUCAUAUAUAUACGUCGUCGCGCGCUCGUGUGCGUGAGCAGUCUAUAUUAAGCGCAGCUCGGUGUUGCGUGUAACAAGCGCACGCAGCAGCAGCAGCAGCAGGACUCGAGCAUCCCUUCGCGGCUGGAUUCAUCCCCCUCUACCAUAUAUCGCCGUUGGAAUCAAAGGAAGCUUACGAGGAAGCGGCGACUUACACAAAGGAGAAAUCCGAUGCGUCCAACUGAAAAAUAAUAUGCAGCAGAUAAGGGAUGAAUUGCGUUUAUCAGCCUGUUGAGGAAUAAUGGGGAGACCUUUGCUGCACAUUUUAUAUUGUUCUGGAAACACGCAAAAUGGAGUACUUUAUUCCCAUUGACAUACAAAGAGCCCAAUGCGGGUUUAAGUGACAUGGCAUCCAGAGAAAAAAGAAAUUUAGUGCCUUCACAAAAGAACAAACAGAGGGCGAAUGAUAGUUUAUCAGCAGAAACCAAUAACACUAGUGAAACCAAUAAUUCGAGCAUCAAUACCACUCCCAGUACUGGUAGAAAGGCAAAACAGUCUCUAGCAAAUAACGUUAGGAAUCAAACAGCUCAAGAAGCGUCAGAAGUUGUAGGAAGUCAGGCAACAUCUAAAGUAGAGGCAGCACUUCCACGUAAACGAGCCAUUCAGACAGCUCUCAAGAAAAAGCAGAAAGCUAAAAAAAUAUUAAUCAAACCAAAGGUUCCAAUUAAAACUCUUAAGCGCAUAGCAGAAGCUAAGAAAAUUUUAGGCAAAAAGAAAAAAGGACCUGCCCCCAAAAUCAAUCAAAUCAAUAUUAAAACAGAACCAUCUGAAAACAAUAUUAAUCAUACAGACUUGAGAAAUAAAUCUAAAACUGCCAAAAAAGCUACGAAAAACUCGGCCAAAGCUAACGAAGAAGCUAAAAAAUUGAUAAAACCUCCCCCCAAAUUGUUGAGGAACAGUAGAUCCUCCACGGCGUCGCAGAAGCAAGAGGACCUAAUCGUCGAAGAAGUCAAGAUAAAAUUAGAACCAAUUGAUUACGAAUCGACCAUCGAGUCGGUCGUCGCAGCCUCAUCGAUGAUUAUAGACGAUACAAUUGUCAAAGUGGAGGAGGAAGAAACCGAAGUGGAAGUCAAGAAGCUCGUUAAGAAUCCCUUCAGCGGCAAAAAGAAUUUGCGAAACGGCAAGCUCCGAUCGAGCUCGCACAAAGCCGAAUUAGCAGACGCCGAAAAGAAGGCGAUAAUGUCGGACGAGGAUCAGCAGCAGCAAACGUCAGCCGAGAGCGGCUCGUCGUCGUCGUCGUCGACGGGUCCGACCGUGAAGAGCGACGUCGAGCUCGCGCCCCACCAGUUCAUCACUGUAGCGCACAUCGAAACGACCAGCAGGUCCUACGAGGCCGAGGACAUAGGUCGCAACUCGCCCGCCACGUCCACGUCGUCGUCGUCGGCCAAAGCCGCCACCACCAACAACGCUCAACAAGCGACGAGACCCGCGAGCAUAUCGAGAGCAUCGGCAGCCUCGGAGGACGAGAUAAGUCGGGCGUCGCCGACCCCGAGCGAGGAUCGUCAGUCUAUCGCCAGCAGCACCGCGACCAGCAACAGCGCGAGCACUCGGCGCCGAUCGAGUCUCAACGAUUCCACGGCGCAGGCCAGCGGCUCGACGAGGCGCAACUCCAUAGCCAGCGAUCCCGCGGUGCUCGACGUCAUGAUCGAGUCGAUCAAGUUUAACAUCGCCAAGUCGAUCGAGAGCAAAGUUUACGACAGUAAGGGCUUUUUGUUGAACGGAAAGAGUUUCGAACCGCCCAAAGCCGAGAGCAGCGAUGAUAAGACCAAAGGCUAUUACCGAGUUGUUGGGGCAAAAAAAUCAACGUCAAACUUAUCAUUAACGAUUAAAGAGCCGAGUGGUGGAUCGUCCAACAAAAAAGAGCCAGAACAACAGCAGCAGCCAGGCCCAUCGUCGCUGAUGGCCACCAAUGCGAAGAAGUCGUCGUCGUCGUCGUCGUCGGCCGAGGACGGAACGACGAUGAAGACGGCGGCGAGCGCCACGCCAAAACUCGCCGACACAGCCAAAGAAAUAGAGAAAUUAGUUAUGGGCGAGAACGACAAAGCCGCGACGAUAACAACGUCGCCCGGCACGAACUCCACAAAUUCAGCGGACUACGAUAGUAAGGCCACGACGACGAUCACGGCGGCUACGAGUAGCGCGGACGAGCAGCAACUCGCCGCGGACUCGGCUGCCAAAACGCCGGAGAAGGAAAACGAGCCCGAUAUCGUAGCGGCUAACAAAGUCGAGGAGCCUGCAGUGAACGCUCCAGUAGUCAAAGCAGAGCCCGAAGUCAAGAAAGUAUCGCCCACGAGAAGAUCCACGCGGGUCACGGCUCUCGAAGCGAGACGCUCUCUGAGCGCUUCGGACAGUCAAAGUUUGAACUCGUCUAGCGACGACGGCAAAUCUAAUCCCAAAGAAUCAAGCCCGAGCAAAUCAGUUGAAGCAACUGUAAAAAGUUCGGCAACGCCGAUGGAGAUCGACGAAUCCACCGUUGGCAAGACUGCAGCACCGGCAGAAAAAAGCACAAAAGUGGCUACUCCACCACCAACGAAGACUGAUACGGACAAACCCAUUGAGACAUUGAACAAGGUUGCUGAUGCGUUGGAACAGCAGACUGUCAAGUCAGACGCAGAUCAAAAGCCAGAGCCAAUGGCUGUCGAUGCGGAGGAGCACGACGAGAAUGAAUUGCGAUUGGUGAUCGACGAGUCAAAGGAGAAUUCCGUGGUCGACGAAUCGGAAACUACUGCUCAAGACUGUGAUAAAAUGGACUCUGUGACGGAAGCCUCUAAUCUCGUUGAUGUUCCCAAAGUUGAGCGUACCGAACAGAAAGCACCCACUCCUCGCGUGCUCAGAACUCGUGGUGACAAGAAAAAAGGCGAUAAAAUUGAAAAAGAAGAGAAAACAGAGCCAGAAAGUGCGGGGGUAGUUAAUGAAAAGGUGGAAGUGAAUGAAAAAGUGAAUGAAGAAGCACCUGCUAAAAUUACAGAAAACAACGAUACUAAAACUGAGAGUAAUUCAAACGACGAGCUGCAAAACGUCAGUAAGAGUGAGCCACCGUCCGAGCAGUCACUGAACGACGAAUCAAUAGUGUCUGUACCAGACUCCGAGAAGGUAAAAAUAGAACCUGCAGAUCUACCGGCGGACGAGCAGAAAGACACGCCGCCAGAAGUGCCAAGCAAGCGACGAAUGAGAGAGGCUAAAAAACGGUUUCCCUUGAAACCUCCAGCGAAAGGUAAAAGAGGUCCUCGAGGAAGACGAGCCGAACGCAAAAAAUCGAAUACGCCCACGAAAGAAGAGUCAGCCCUGGAUAAUGAAGUAGCCAAUAUCAAUAAAUGUUCCAACUCCGAAGCAGAAAAGUCGGAACGACGAGGCAAUUCUGCCGAAGUUGCUGACAAUGGAACGGAAGUUUCUCCUGUGAAUCGCAGUAAAUCAGAAAACGAUAUUGGCACUGUGCAUCGUUCUGCAUCUUCCAUUAGCAACGGCAAAGAAUCGAGGGAAUCGGAGGAAUCGAGGGAUUCAAAACUCAUGUACGAUCUAAAUGAAUCGUUUGAAGAAAUCGUAGAGGCACCGGCGGAAUUGGCCAAAAAAGAUUUCAUUCUCGGUCUGUUGGGACUGCAAGUGAGCGAAAAUGCCGAAAACUCUAAAAUACAGUCGGAUGGAAGAAAUUCGGAAGAGUACGCCAAAAGGAUGGCAGAGCUAGAAAAACUCACACCACGUAAAAACAAAGCCAAGACCCACAGGGCUCCAAUAAAAACAAUUAUCCGUGUGCCCACGAAAGAUGGAGAGACCAGAAAGAGAUCGAGGUCGCCAAUUAAAAUGGUUCUCAAACAGCAAGGCAAACAGGAAGGAGAUAAUCCAGAUAAUAUUAUGUACACUAUUCAAAAAGAGGCUGGAGCCAGUGGUCAAGAAGAAAGCAGCUCUGGUGCGAAUCGAAAGAUAAAUACUAACCCUCGACACACACUUGAUGAUGGAAGAGCAAAUUCACCCAUUAAGGAUCGCCAAUCUUUAGUCAUUCCGGAGAAAGCAUCUUCUUUCAGUAUUCAUCCAGGACAAUUGUGCAAAGAUGAUUGUGCUUUCUGUCGAGGAAAAUUCGGCUCGCUGGAUACGCCUAUGCAUCUCGGUUCAGAAAAACUGGCCGAGGAGUGCAAAAAAUUAAAAAUCGAGCCACCCGUAGAGAAGGAUUCUUGUCUGUGCGACGCUUGCUAUAGGCACAUCAACCGAAAGAUUUCGGGCAAACCCGAGAUCAGACCGAGAACUAAAGCUAAACAAAUGACUGGCCGAUGUAUUGUCAAAGAUUGUACAGUGGCAGGAAAAAAUUCAAUAAAACGACGUUAUUUGACCAAACUCAGAUCUCAACUUGGUAAAGAUUGGCUCCACAAAAAGUCCGAUAAUGCCUAUCCUGCUACCGUUGGAUUCUGUGAUCAGCACUAUCAAAUUGCAAGCAGAUACCUGCAUUGCUCUCUCUGUGGAACAACACUCGUGAGAAACUACUCGUUCCUCUUUAGCCAGACACCUAAGAAUGUCGAAGCAAUGAACAAUCGUUUCAAGAAGAUGGGGAUACUGUCUCAAAUGGAAGUCAAUGAAUACAUGUGUAACGAGUGCAAUAUCUUCUGUAAAUGUCACGCAAAAAAUAGUACAAUCGAAGAAAUGCGUGAAAACGAUCGUAACUUCUGUUUGAUGUACCGUAAAAAACUCAUGACCCGCGCUGGCAUGUCGGUUUCAACUAGCGAAAGCGAAACCGAAGAUGAUGCCGACGUCAAAGUUGACAAUGAAAACAAACCCCGUACUAGUCGAAACGAGGUAUCUGCGGAACAAGCAUUACACAUAACCAAAAUUCAAUUGGAAAAUGAAGACAUUUCUCGAGAUACAUCAGAAAAAUCCACUCCAGAGCCACCGAAAGAGCCACCGUCGAAACCGGAACAUAGCGCUGUUAACUCGAGGGUCAUGAAUAUAGAAAAUGCUAUAGAGAAGUUGAAAAAACGCAAGGCCAUCGAUAUGAAUACCACUGAAUUCGUUGCUCCGGAAAAUCGACCGGGCAGUAGCAGCUAUACAGAUUUUGUCAGCGUUGAUCGAGACGUAUCUCUGACUCGUCUACCUAAGCGCCGUAAAACAAUCAACAACGGUGGUCAAGCUUUCAGUCCUGACAUAGCUCCAGUCGUGGAGAGGCUUGGGUCUAAUCCGUCUAUAAGCGUCCGUACGCUUUUCCCGGGCGAGGAAGAGAUGAAUCUGCAUGUCAACGUUGACUUCAAUAACGUGCUUCAUACAACGCCAGAAGGAUGGGAAAGAGUCUCGGCUAUAAUUCAGUGCGACAAAGAGACGAAAACGUUAUGGGAAUUCCUGCAAAGACCGUAUGGCAAUCUCAGCAGUUUCUUCAGACACUUGAUUCUUUUAGAAAAGUAUUACAGAACGGGAGAUCUGUUUUUGGCACCAAAUGCAUCCAGAAAUGCCAUCAAUUACUCGACUUCGGUGCAGAAUCGUCUGAUUUCCUUCGAGGGACCCGAAAAGAUGGAAGCCCCCUCGGAUACACCUCCGUUCGAACUCAACAACUCACACAGACUCAGCGGAGGUUGUAUAAUCGAGCAGAGACCGAGCCAUUCCAACAGCGUCACCAUAACACCCAGUUCUUACAUAUCUACGAAUUCCACGGUCACGAUCACACCGUCGACUUCGGCCGCGGGCAGCAGCUCCGCACCGAUGCAACAAAGCCCGUCAGUCAGUAUACAUCCUUCGAAUUCGACCGUCAGUAUCACGCCGUCGAGCACACCCAUGAGCUCGUCGACGGUCAACAUCACACCCCCGACGUCGUCCAUCACGAUUACUCCGUCGAAUUCGAUAGCCAACGUGACGGCGCAACUGUCCCGUAUGGAUUCGUCGCCGCGCGUGGUGAAACUCACGUCGGGCGUGUCGAUAAUCAAAAAACCCCCGCCUAGUCUGCAGCGUCUCCAAAUGAAUAACGUUACCGCGACGGCCGUGAAUGGCAGUGCCAAGCGAAAGGAGAGUCAUCCUGUGCAGAAAAAUACUGGCCAAUCCGGAAAAAUGAUGCAGCUUACCGAGGACGAUUAUAUGAGAUAUCAAACGCUCAAAAAGCAAAAGAUUUCUAUAACGUCUGCCAGUAAAAGCAGUGCUUCAGGAAGUUCACACUCGAUGCUGCCAAAGAAAACCAAGUCCAACGUUAGCGUGUUGGAGUACGGAAAAGCUCCUCCACCAAAUCAACUAACGUUCCAGCAACAGAUUUUCAGACAACAAGAAAUGUUAAAUCAGAGACACCCCGGUGAUUUUGAGCCGAUAAUUUGUGAUAUGCGAGCUUCGGCUAAUGAGAAUUCACCGACUCAAAAUUUCCUCAAUCUGAAUCUGCCCAAGGCGAUUCACGUGACGAAAUCCACAGCGCCGAUAGCGACUAGUACGCCGAGGGCCCAUUUGCCGACGAAGUAUCCGAAGAACCUUCUGAUAAUUCCACAGCCAAUGGUGCAGCCACAAGAUAAGUGAUACCCGCGACGCAAGAGACGGCACGUGGCCGCCUCUAGUAGGGAUUACUAUUUCUACGGCAAACGGCGCAGUUGACGGUUAGCUGAAUUAUCGUCUUCGAAGGAUAAACCAAAGUUAUUCACGAUUUCUGCUGGUAAAUCGAGCAGAACAACUAAAAAACUUUAAGUGCCUAAAAACAACUGAUGAACAUGGAAUGAGAGUGAUAACCGCGCGAUUAUUGAUUUCAUGUUCGCUGAUGUUUCUCCGAUAACAGUCAGGUUUGUGUUUAAAUUAUUAUUUCGUAAAAGAGGCAUUGUUGUCUUAUGUAUCAACGUGCGUUCGCCUUCAAAAGGAUACCUGAUAAAGAUAUUAAUUUGAUCAGUUAGUAGUUAUAAAAGAAAAGGUAUAAUAAUUAGAAACCAAGUAGAGCUUUUCUUAUAAAAUAGCCUCAAUACUGCCUUUUCUAAAGAUAUAUAAAGUAAAUACACAAAUCAAAUUUGAAAUUGAGCGUAAAAUAUGGUGCAAGGUUCACAUCCAAGCUGAAAAAAAUACGUUUUUACAGAUGUUAAUAUAAAUAAUUUAUUCGUUUAACUAAUCGUUAUAAUAAACAUAGGUGACUGCGUUAUCGCAGCAAUAUGUUAAGCACAUAUGCAUGUACAUAUUAACUCCUAAUUUAAUCUCGUAAACUGUAUGAACUACUUAUGAAAAAAUCAUGGUAGAAAGAAAGUAAGGACUUUGUGAGUAGAAGACUAUAUACUUCUUUGUGAUAUGUGAUUCAAAUAAGAGUUGCAAGCCGAGAACUCUUGAAAAAUGUCCAAGUGGUGCAAAAAAUAAUUGUAGCCCCCUUAAUUGCUAUAACUUUCAAAUUUUAUCAAUUCGAUAAGAUUGUUCCUGGUGAGUUUGUAAUUAAGUGCGUAAUUAUUUUGAAUAUAUUAUAAAGACUAAAAUAUUAUUUUCUAUGCAGAAAUGCUCACAGACUUGCAAAGUUAAAUGAAAUAUUUAGAAUGACAAGUAUGUAAAGGUAUUGUUUCGACGAUGUUUAUAUUUUUUCAUUUGAUUAAGAGAACUAAUGAACAAAGCAUGUGCAAGAAGGAAAUAAUAACACACAUAAAAAUAAUAAAAAAUAUACAUAUAAAUACAUAUACAAGAUAUUGUAUAAACGAUCGCGUUAUUCGUAUGUAACUAGAAUCUUAUAACUAAUUAUUAUUACGUUAAUAACAAAUAAUGUGCAUAGUAUAGCAUUGUAAAUAAAUUUCAGUGUAGGUUUUAGUUUAUGGCAUGACGUGUGUAAUUAAAUAUUAAAUUCAGCGUUAGGUGAGUUUUGCGAAUGAUAGUUAAUUGUAAUUGUAAUUGAAUUUCAAUCAAUUACAUGCAAAGACACGAAAUUUUGAUUGUAAUUUUGAUUGAAUUCAAAAAUUAGUAGUAGAAAUUAUCAAGCGAUCGUAUUCUAAUUUUCUUCUAACUUUUGACUCAUUAGAGGCAUUAUAUUUAUUUAAGUUACUGUGCGUUUUUAUAAAUAUUUUUCUGAUCAUUGUAAAUACUAUGGAGAAAAUCAAC